AUGACGGUGGAUGAGAGUGCUCUGCUUGGUGACGAUACCGGCACCUAUGGAACCGCAACUCCCUCCGCAGUAGAUAACCAGCCAGGAGCGGGUUCUGCAAACCCUUUGCAAUAUGACGCUGCGUCUGAGCACAUGCUUGAACCAGAGGAUUUUUCCAAAUUAAGGAAAAACACAAGGUUUACCGUAAUAAUAUGUUUAUAUUUAUGUAAUAGUUCUGCGUCUGCGCUAAUGAACUUUAUAAAGGGCAACAUAGGAACCGGAAUUCUAGCCCUACCUGUGGCAUUUAAGUAUUCAGGCUUGUGGAUGGGCCUGUUUUUGUUACUUUUCUAUGGUUGCUUGUCGAGUUACCUGAUGCACGUACUUUUAAGAACUGCCGACUCCGUCAUUAUGCGGUAAGCAUUCUAGAUUCUAUAAUUUUUUUCAGUCACGAGCUUGACCGUUCAACAAUGGACUACACAGAAACUGUAUUUAUAGUUUUCAAAUAUGGCCCACAAAGCUUGAGGAAAUAUAAAGGGAAAUUUAAGUAAGGCCAUAGCCUUCUGCCCUAACAAAGAUUUUAGGCAUUUAGUAAACGGAUUUCUAUUGCUGACCCAGGUUGGGUUUUGUUGCAUAUACAUCCUUUUUAUAUCGGAGAAUAUCGAAUAUGUAAGUUUGUUUUUCCUCUGUAUUUUUUCCUCACAAUUUACUGUCUUUUUUCUUCAUUACCUACUUCUGAGGGAAUGUUUUGUGUACUCUCACUUAUCAUUACUCUUGCCAAAGAUUCUCAUGGCUAAGCCAAACUCGUGGUAUCUUUUUAUAAUGCAUAUGCUCUUGCGUACACAAUGUGUUCGCGAGUUUGGUCUCCGUUGGUGUCGCAGAUUUUGACAUUAGUUAGGUCACCUUUACGACGACUCGAAAUUACUGAAACGUCAUUUGAGAAGAAUUUUGCAAAGAAACUACCUGCGUGAUUUUUUGCCCAUUUGUACCUAGCUGCAAACUACGAAUUUUUUUAAGCGAGCGUUCUUUCUCUUUAAUUCCCGUUCCGAACAUUAUUUAAACUCUAUAAACCCGCAACUGGCACUGUAUUCGGUCGCUGAUUACCAUGAUUUUUAAAAAAUUAUACCUUACACCGUGUUUGCGCUCGCUUCCGCGUUCGUUAUUGCUUAACCAAAACAUAUUUCACUCGACCACCUCUCGAAAUUCCCCACCCUCGCCGUCGAUGGGAAUUCAGCCGCUGCUGAUAGGUUGUUCGGCCAUUCUGUCCGACUGGUCCCGUUCCCUACAUUGUGGGCUUUCAUUUAACACAGGGAAGAUAUACAUAAGAGCUUAAGGACCAGCUUGCAUGCAAGAUUUCAUAACCAUGCCAACGGAAAGCCUUCGUAAUCUGUUAUUUUACAAAUGGCUGAAUUUGCGUUAGUCUGGUUUUAUCUGAUGCAACCGGUAGGAAGACUAACUAGUGAAAUGAUCCAUACAUUUGGAGAGUCUGACCUGGUUAUAGGCAACGUUUAUGUAGAUAGUCUCCUUUACGAAAGAUUUAAAAGAACUCUCAUCCAUCGUAAUUCUGUCGUUUAAUCGCAUCGAGACGUUUAAUGGCAACUUCCGACUCGUUCUAAUUUUAGCUGGUGAUAUUCCAACCCCAGGCUGCACACCAUCGAGCGAUGUCCUGACCCCUAAGCUACGAGCCAGUUCAUGUCGGCCAAUAUCGACAAUACUCAACGUCACACGAGAUUAGCAUGGCCCUAUCUAUCCUGGCUUCUAGACUGGAGUGGGCGUUUUUUGUAGCUGACGAUCUGCAACACACAGGCGGUUGUAUGGCAACUAGCAGCAAGUAAUUAGUGACGUUUGUCUUCCGAAACUCACUGCCCUCCCGUACGUCCCUCUUCCCUCCUUAUCCUCCGUCAUCUAUGCCAUUUAGGCCGAUCAGUGGUUUAGAUCUUUAUGUCUUUGGCCACAGUUCACAUGCAAAAGUGGAGUUUAUGACCAGAGUUGCAUCGAAAACUCUCUAGGUCCCACUAUCAGAGUUCCUUGCUGUCGCGUCAAAAUAGUAGAAAGUCGAUGAUACACUUGUCUGGAUUUUUAACCGAUACUUGUGGUAACAGUUAUACAAAUUGCUUAUUGUACAUGAAUUAUACUGUUACUGGAUCAAAAGCUAGAAAGUUGCACAGUUAUUUACACUGAAGUUGACAGCAUUAAGCGUAAAGUUUUACGCAAACUUUUGAACCGGGUCUUCAGAGAACUGUCCUUUCUGUGCAUUAAUUUCGGAUGAAUUAAUUAUAGUUUCUGAAUUGACUGGUUUACUUUUUCACCAUUUCAGUUCAUCAGAGUCGUUGCUCCCAACCACGAUGCAAAUAUCUUUCUCAUCGGCUUCAUCGUAACGCUCGCACUGCUGCCACUCAGUCAAAUAACAAACAUGCGAGUCUUUGCGGCGAUGUCUGCGGUUGCUAUCGGAGUUACGGUGGUCGGCAUAGUGCUAAUUUUCUCUUACUUGCUGUCUACGGGUCUCAUGGACCCGUACACCCUGCCUUGGUACAAACCGUUCGGCGAAACCCUAAUCUCACUGGGAAUAUUCAUCUUCACCUUCGAGGGAAUCAGUCUCGUGAGUCUGCAGAUUUUCGUAAUGCAAAACGUUUCAGACGAAUGACAGGCAUUUCAAACACGACCUUUUAAAUUUGAUGCUUCCAUUUCAGGCUUCUCUCGGUGAUCCGAGGACGUUGUAUAUGUUGGGACCCAAGCAUCCACUGCACAUAUUUAGUGUUUUUUUGCAACUUCCAGUCCUGAGGUCGUAACUAGCGACAUUAACAAUAACGGGCUAAUGACUAUCGGCCACGACAAGCUCCGAUCCCUUCCUGAUAUGAAUGCCUACGUUAGUAUAGUAGCUGAUCUAUCCCAUGAACUACCAGCCGGAAUACUGAAAUGUGUUUUAUGUUAGAAAGGACAGUCAACAAAUUACUGAUGCGUUAUAUUUGUCAUUGUUUUCAAUUAUUUUCCAUAUGUAUUAGACCGUAACAAAUUGAUUUGGUGAUUUUCGAGAACACAAAUUAUCUUCUAUUUAAUAAGUAAGGCUUUAUGAACCAAGCUAUGCCUUCUUUUGAAGAACGGUCGUUUUUUAAACGCAGUGUAACUUUCGUGGACGUGGGGUGGACGACUAGUGCAUUACAAGAAGUUUUCUACGAAGAUCGUGACCUUCCUUGUGAUAAGUCGCGAACAGUGGACGGGGUUUUAUUAAUGAUUAUCAUGCAGCAUAAUCUCAAAGUAUUUCAUUUACGUCAGAAUGCCGGCUUCUCAAUGAGAUUCUUUCCGACCGACUGCAAAAGCCAUGCUCGGUAUAAAAUGACUAUUUAAGCUGUAUGAAUCUUCUUCAUUGAUUUUCGACACCCUUACGUGUUCAAAUAUUUUCUAUAAAGGCAUGCAAAAAGGUUCUGUGCUAAGCUGUUCUCAUUGUAAAUUACGUCUUCACAUUUUAUACUCAAAGAAAGGGUAUCUUUGGGACAUGAAAAGUUUUCAAUUCCUGAAUGAUUCUGAACCCAACUUGCAGUUGAACUCGCGCUUAGGGUUUCCAAAUUACAUGCAGUUUACUUUCCGUGUAAGGGGAAUUAUACGUUCCUUUACGCUAUUAGGAAGACGUCACGUAAAGAUCAUUAAAUUUUGCAACAUUGAGAAAUGGACAGAUACGCUGCUUUUAUGAAUGAAUAAUUCACGCUCUUUAAAAUAUCGUAAUUACAAACAUAAUAAAAACCAAAUAACAUCCUUUCCUUGAGUGUGUAUUUCGAAGAUGUAAUUUGCUGCCAACUGAGUGCAUAAAAAAUAUUUCUACACGUGCUUUCUAUAAUAUAUAUGUAUAUCAUGACAGAUGGGCGCUCGCCGAUCAGAUUACAGAACAUGCUUGUUCCGUUGUGCCUCGGGGCCCAUACUAGAACCCUCGGAAGCAGUCACAUAGCUACUAGUAGUAGUAGUGGCAGUAGCAAUAGUAGUAUAAGUAAACGACAUGGUACCGACAAAGAUAAGGGAGAUCGGAAUGACCAUUUCUGUCCUAUUAACCGUCAUCCGUCAGUCAUAUCCAACCUCAAGUGUGGACCGCUUGGGAUUAGAACCCGGAAUCUUUGGUCAUAGAGUUUGACACUGUACCAUUGAGCCACUGACCCGUUGUCCUGUCGGUUGUGAUCGGGAAUAUCAAUCAUCACAUAUGGGCGCUCACCGAUCAGGUUACGGAACUUGCUUGCUCCGUUGAGUAUGACUGGCUGAUGACGGCUAAUAAGCCAGAAAUGGACAUUCCGGUCUCCCUUGUCUUUGUCGGUACCAUUUCAUAAAUACAUCUGUUAGAGGGGCGCUCACUGAUCGUUUUUACGGAACUCACUCGUCCCGUUAUACCUUAGGGCCCUCUCUCUCUCGAGCCCAACCAGCAAUCGCACGGCGACGCAUGAUAUAGGCAGAAUGGCAUUACUGAAAAGGACAAGGGAGACUGGAAUGGCCAUUUCUGGCUCUUCAGAGGUAUCAAAAGUCGAUGAGAAAGAUGCAUGCCACCUAGGCAGUCGUUUUGUAUCGAGUGGGAUUUUCCCAGCCGGCUGGAAUAUAGAUCAUUCAAAAAAUCUGCAUCCUGGCGUGACUAAACUACGUUAGGACUAGGCUGCACAGUGAUAAAUAUUACAACCCUUCUCAAGUAAUUCUUUCUUAUCGAUAACAGAUUUCAGAAUUUCGGUGAGCGUUUCAUGAGAUAGGCCAGCAACUGUAUCGUCACCUUUUCAAUUCGCGUUAUCCGCCCCUUUUUUUAACCCCGGUACAUUCACUUUGACUCGUUUGUCGCUUUGUUACCUCAAUGCCUGGUGUGUCAGGGGGGUCUUUACAAGAGUUGAUCGACCCCUGUCUUUAGUAUUAAGAUUAGUUGAGACUGCUUCUCUGUCGCCCAGUCACUGGACACUCGCUAACGCAAGAGUUACUUUUGCUCGCCUGCGAUGUCAAACUCAAAUUAGCCGGGAGCGCCAAACCAGCAUGAUUAACGCCGAAGUCUUGUGCAAAUGUCUGCUUGCAAACGUUUGGGAACUGUAUCACAGGCAGUAGAUUAUCCACCAGGAUCUUUCCUUGGGACCUGUAUAUUAUAAAUGUGUCGUGGGUUCGGCCUAUUUUAUCCACCCGAGUGCUUUUGAGUUCUCAAAAUAUCGGCCCCUGAGAAAACCCACUGAGGCCAUCGACCUAGAGCUCUGCAACCACGUCUGUUCUCCGGUGAACUUAUGUCACAAAACCGCCAAAUUGUCUAACUGCAAGUGUUUUGCUAACAAACAGCCUGUGUAAUGAAAGGUCUUAUCUAAACAAACCUACUAGUAUGUAUGCGAAUCAUUUCAAUGAUCCCCAUCAGCGGAUUCGGUUUGACCGCUAGCAGUUGACACCUCAGCACCGAGCGUAUUGUCCUAGGGGGUUUUACCUGUUCUGCAUUUUCAGCCGCUGCGGACCCGUAUUGUGACACUUAUAUUUAGUGACUUCAUGCCUCAUUGGAAGUUUAGGGUGCUUCAUAUAAUCUUGCUGGUUUUCCCCCUUUUUGUAGUUUCGAAGCUGGCUUUGCGUAAAAUACGCUGUGUUUCUGUGGUCCUUCCUAAGGACUCCCAUUGUAGGAUUUUGUGGAUUGUUUGUCGUAUGGGGUUAAUUUGCCCAUCUGAAGCGAAGGGUACCACAAGAAAGUAGGUUCGGGCUAGUUUAUCCGAAGUCCGGGGGGGCUGCUGUUUAUCAGUGCUCACAACUGCGUUGGCGCGGACCGAAUGCGCGUCCUUACUGGGCGCCCUUACUGUGGUGGGUGCAGGGACUAAUGAUCAACCUAUAUUUUUCACACUGUGACAGGACAUUUGCCAUCCAUCCCACUUUUGGCCUCUUCCAGUGACGCAGAAAAUGGGAUCAUAGCCCAAUUGAGAGACCAAGGAGACAGUAAGCACUUAUUUUGAAUGCAAAAGAAUCCCUGUAGGCAUUUCGAAACAUAAUACUCCAGUUCAAGCGAAAGAUGCAGAUUCCACCGUCUAAGCGAGGCGUCAUCUUUGGUAUUUCCUUCUCAAGGCGGUGGAAACGUAUCCAGUAGACUGCGCUGCUAAUUCGCGUGAAGGAACAAUGGAAGAGGUCCCGUCUCAGUUGACGAGGAGGGGACAAACAGUGACCGGGUCUUCAGAACCUUCGUGCUGCCACGAGUAUGACUGCUGACCUAAGCACGCGCCGCCUAGUCCCUUCGAAUGUCACGAGGCAGCGUUGGACAUUCAACUCAUGCUGCUAUAUGUGCACACACACACACACGCACAUCGUAACUUGAACCAAAUCAAUGCUCUCCCCGGAAGUUUACGCCCUCGCUCCCGUGCUCCGUAGUUGGAGGCCAGGCAGACACAGCCAGUGACACAUUUCCAUGCAAGCAAACAGUCGCUCACAUGUGGGUUUCAAAGCUCAGUCAGUUAUCCACCAUCGACUUUGGUUGGAACUCCAAAAUCGGAAUAAAAAAGGCUUAAUCCUGCUCCUCGUUGAACAUUGGGAGGACAAAUAAGUGCAACACAGUCGGCGAGAACGCAAGGGGGCAACGUGAAAAUUUAUAAGACAAUAGGUUGCUUGCCGUUGUCUCGAUGGCGCUGUGGUCCCAUGAGCAGCAUCCGCCUCUCCCUCUCUCUCCCCCUCUCUCUCUCUCUCUCUCUCUCUCUCUCUCUCUCUUUUUUCUCCCCCUCGCCACACAUCCACUCAGUCGCUUGGCCAAUCAGAGUCUGAACCAGAGCGGUGUCCAGUUGCUGUAGGUGUUGGGCCUAGGCCACGCCUACGUCUUUCAUACACCUGCUAAUCUGUUACUCUACAAGAACCCGUCCUCAAUGUGGGCACUUUGGAUCCCCUUAAAAUAAGGCCAUUAGGGAUGAUAAUGUGUCAAAAUAGUCAAAUGGUGCACUGAUGAGAUUGCUAACACAAGUACGUGGGCGUUAGAACCCAGCACGUACUUCAUAUUUUUCUUGAAUAUGCUUUUAGGUUUUAGCUGAUAUUAAUAGGCACAGAAAAUAACAUCGGGUGAUAUUCUGGCUUGUCACUGAACAUCUUCCCGCCCAGACGACGGUCUCAUUCCAAGAGGCACUACUUGCGUAAUCUAUACCCUUCGACUUUUGUAGGAAUUGAAUACGUUCUUCAGAAGGGAUAGGAAACGUCCCCAUCUGUGACUGCUAGAUUUUAUUUGAAAACACGACCUGUCUUGAUUUAGAUUUCCGUGUUUUCUGCAGUUCUGGUCGCGCUUUUACAUGUGUCUUGCCUUUCCAGAUUGAUUAGUGGACACGUUCGCCGUAAGCACUUUAAUAAUCCAUCAGCUAAUUUGAGGAAGACAGUAUGAGACAUGCAAUUCAAACAUGCUUGUUCAGAUCUCCACCGAAAAAAACAACGUACCCGUUAAUUACUUACUUAUUAAUAGGUGUUUUUGGCAGAUCUUAAUAAUUUAUUUUGACCCAACUGUGAAAAACUUGGCGACCUCGGUGAGAUUCGAACCCACAGCCACCACUCCGGCCACCUACCGGGAACCGUGAGUUUGAUUGCGACUACGUUAGCCUGGCAGUCAUCUGGUAGAUUCUGGACUGAUCACUUAGGAAGUCCUGCCUGGGCAGUCGGCUUACUGUAUCAGAUUUGAAAAGUCAAGUUGGCGAACGCACGUUUUCGGUAAUUCUUCCUCAGGCCAAUGCAAUUACAUGAACGAAAGAAAAUGUACAAAAUCAAUAGUGUUUAUAGAUGCCUCAAGGGCUAUUAAGUCACUAACACUCAUCAUCCCCACGCCGCCCGCAUGAGAAGGUCGGCGGGUGUUAGUCGUCAGAGCUAGGGGAGGGGGGUAAGAGAGUCUUUGAGUAAUGUUCUUGGGUUGAGUACACGGAGUACCCAUCAUCCUGAUUAGGGAUUUGAGGCGGCAUGGCUUCAUCACUUGGGGUUGGCGUUGGCCGCGGCAGCGAAAGCGCUUGUGUCAGAGUUUUCUGACAGCAUAACACCGGAUUCACUAACCGUAUCGCUACUGCCUCGGCCGUUGCUAAUAUCUGUUGGCGUAGGCCUUUAGAGAAGCAUGUUGGUGUCCGGUAGACAACCUGAAAUGCUUUCUUGGCAUCGACUCGGUGGUUCGUAUCGAUUAAAUGUGUGAGAAUAGAACUCGAAAUCGACCGGGUCUCACCUCUGUCUAGCCAGGCGGGCAUAUGUUCACGCACCCUCUUUACCAGGCGUCUCGUUAUGCGGCCGAUGUAUCCUGCUCCACAGGAGCAAGUGAAUGAAUAAAUGCACAUCGAUGUGGCCUCCAACGGUAGUCUGUCUUUACCUCCCAAACGUAGGAGGGGAGAGUUUGUGAAGCAUACGCGUAAAUUCGCCGCAGGGAAUGCCCUCGUGAUAGCUGUAGUUAAGCGCCGUCGGACUAGUUCACUCUCUGCGUCUCCUCUAAAAGGCAAUCUUAUGAAUACAUCUUUCUUUUCCGCAGUCGCAACAGUGGGCUUUUCAACGCGUUCCCUAAUAUUUCGGAGGAUAAAUCAAUCUGGGUAUCCGUUCUCCCGAAGUGUGUUCCGCAGCUGUUGAAGUUCCUCCUCAAUAGCUUCAGGUGAGCAGAUGCGUCUUACUCAAGCCGUCAAUCCCUGGACCUGUAUCAGAUCUGUUAGAUUUCAUGCGUUACAGUAGGCUGGGCGGGCAGCAUGUUUCAGAUGUGAUGAAACUUACGAGGCUCUGGGUGGGGCCUCGUACCUUAGGUGUCUAGAGCGUCGACUGUACUCAAACUUUCUCCUUUUUGUUGUGGGUUCAAAUCCCACCUAGGUCGCCGAUUUUUCAUAGUCGGGUCAAAAUAAAUUACUCCCUCAUUCUUCAUUGGCCUAAGUGGGUGACUUUAAAUGGUUUUAGCACACGGUAUGUUUCGCGAAGAGGCCUAAAGCCGCCUGCGGAUAUAUGGUUGAACGUGUAUUCGAAGGUAGUGGCCGCUAGCUGGUGAUUUUUUGUAGAAAAUUAAAUAUUGCAUUUUUGGGGUACUGUUUUUUACGCCGAUUUAAUUUUCUGCAAAGGGACGAAUUUCCAAACUGUUUAAAGAACCUGGUCGGCCUUAUAGGAAUAUUAGCGAUCCGGGAAUGCUUUACGGGAAGGCAUCACCUUAGGUGAUUUGCAAAGUUAUCUAUCAAAAGCUGACAUGCAUGUUUAGAAUUACGUCGAAAAGUCCUGUUGUGUGCUUUUUUGUAGUAAUUUCGGAACCUUAUUUGACCACACCUUCCUUGGUUACCAGCCUUGUAACUGUAUAUAAGUAGUGUUCAACAUUUGAACACAGCUUUAAGGAUUUCAUCCAGCUUGUAGUUAGUUUCGACGUUUAGCAUAUAUAAACCAUACGAAGAUAGUUAUGUCUAAGUGGAAAAUACAACUAUCCCUACUUUUUGGAAUACAGAGGAAUGUAUAAGACGUAGAAACUGCCCAUUGUUCGACAACAGGCCACUUUGGUUCUCUGUACGUAAGGCAAAGGUUACCCUCACGUGCUUUAAUAACUUACAACACCCCUUUGCUCUGCAGUGUUCACCCGAAAUCCGUCUGUUUUCGUCCUUAUCUGAUUAUCUCUGCCAGCUUAUUGGAGUACUGGUUGCUGCUCAAGACCUCUGCUACUGACUCCUGCAUCCAGAGAUAGACCUUGUCCACAUUAAGUCCACUAGCCAUGGUAGGAUUCGCAAGAGGUCGUCUCUUGACCUGCUUGGCCUAGAACAAGGAUGUGCUCAUAAAAUUUCUGCAACUGAAGGAAAAAUCUCACAAUGGCGUGUAGGCACCCUAUAUGUUAAAGUUAUGAAUUCUUUCUGCUAUAUUCUGCGCUUUGCGCAAGUAAGAAUAAGUAGAGUAAUUUUUCGACAGGAUUUUCACACGAUAAUCAGAUAAAGGUCCUUUUUCGUUGCACAGGGGACUUGCAUGUAGUUAAUUUCAGGGAACAGUCAUGAAAAGUGCCAGGAUAUCUUUAUAUAAGUUAACCCAAAAGUACAACUUGUGAAUCGGCAUCUUCCCUUUUUAAAGUAAAUAGGAUAAGCAUGUAGCCGUGCACUGAAGAGCAUCUUAUGUUUUAUAUUUCGCAAACAAUGACCACUGGUUCUCGAGAUUUCAAACAAGCCCGUGCACAACUGGACGAUCUGCUAUUCGGCGUUUGAUUAGGUAACGAAAUGCCUCUCAUAGCGGGCCCCGCGGGAGUUGUGUUGGACCAACACGAAGGUCAUAUCACGGUACGGAGAAUUGGGUGUGUGUCGGUACGCCUACACGCAGGCCCUCGUCGCACCAAGUGCCUGCGCCUGAUCCCGCCUCUGGUCCUGUCACGGUGUGAAAAAUAUAAAUUAGAAACAGUACAGUAUUGAUCAUUAGUCUCUGCUAUCCCUGGCUCAGUUGAUUGUUUUGCUAGAUUUUCUGCCAGUCGGACCGCGUGUCCGCCCUCCCUGGGGAUUCUGGGGUGUGUGGGCGGCGACAUGUUUACCUCGAGAAAUAAUCCAUACUUCUGAGACAUCGAGUUAACCUAAUAUUAUUCAUUGAAGUUUCACUUAGUUCCUCUGUCUGUAGGGCCGGAUUCGCGCAUGCCUUUAUGACCUCUUCUCCUUUGACUGGAGACGCAGUCAGCCAUACUUUUUGUCAGAUUAUUUUUCGUAAUUUCUUUUUUUCCUGGUUUCCACUCGCUCCGCGCCGUACGAAGCUGUUUAACUACUUACUGACAAGUUUGACUAGUAGUUCACUAGUAUUCGCUUAAAUUGCGCGCUCUGUCAUAAUUUACUAGCCCUUCACCGUCAUCACCCUCUGUUGUCUCCAGCUGGUCAACGCUUGGAAUUCUCCACGCCCUCCUCGCAAGUGCAUCCACAUUUGGCCCCUGUCGACGUUCCCCUUCCCCCCUUUUGUAACCCUCUCUCGAGCGUGAUCGGCUUUCUUUUAAUUAACUAGUUUUGUAUUCUGACCUUGAGCUGGGAAUUCGAUUUGCUCAAACAGUAACAAAGGAAUUCUUUGUCUAGGGUAUCCAUUGUUGAGGUUUGUACGUUUUAUUACCUUAUUCUAUCAAUAGUAACGUAUAUACACCGAAAAUUGUUUUGACUUCUACGCGUAACUCAAUCCACAAAGAAUUCUACACCCUCCUCACCUAGACACUACCGAUUCGCAACCGGAUGAUCAACCCACACAAGUUUGUGCUGCCCUUCGGUGUCCUCAACAUGGCCAUGGUCAUCGUUAUCUCGCUUUGCGCCUUGUUGGGGUUCUUCGGCUACCUACGUUUCGGCGAGGACACUCUUAGCAGCAUCACCUACAACAUUCCAAAUUCUCCUGUGUACGUCUUCCCCCACCCCACACUUUUUUCGCCUGUUCUAUGUGUUUGCUGCCUGCGGUUAACUUUGGUUUCCGGAACGCGUCUUAGUAGUCCGAAAAGUCUCAAAGUUACUAAAUCAGGUACCGUGUACAGACCGCGCGCGUGUUGCACGCGUUGACAGAUAGUUUCGCUUUGUCAGUCAUUGUGCCCGAUGGCACUGUCGCGAGCGCUAAGGACAGAACCGUCAAUCACAGACUAUGGAUAUCAGGAUAAGACCAGAGUUAUGAAAGAAUUAACAAUCGAAAGUCAAACGACCUGACAAUCCAACAGAUGCCGAGCGCGUCGCGUUGUGUUGUUCCAUUCAGUUAAACAACCAGUAAGUUCAAGUAUGAGGAACAGGUAGGGAAAGGCAAGCGCAUCUGGCCUCCUUAACUCCCUCUUGACGCCGGGCUCAGGUGGUCGAGGGAGGAGAAGAUGUAGCAGAUGCUGCGCAAAUCUAUUGCCACUGACGCGGGAGUCACUGUCCCUACGUUCACCCUUCUGUGGAGCACACGGUGGACAUCCUCGGUGACGACGGUCGAGCUGCCAUCUGGAGUAGCAUCCCUCGGCACAGGAAAAAAGCUGUUAUUACCUACUGUGAUGUGAGCACGUUACCCGUGACGAUGAUUAGGAAUCUAGGACAACGUGCCUUCUCUUUACUUGUGGUAAAGACAUUGCCGACUUUCGACCAACUGGCUACCUGAGAUUUGCACAAGAAGAACCCGAGUUCUAUGAGUGUCCAUUGUACAGUCGGUGGGCUAACUCAUGAAAUGUCAACGUAAAUUCCGAAAUGCGUUUUCGUUUCGUAAAGAUUAAUUUAGUAGGGUUGCAAAACUAGUCAGCCUGCAAUAUAAUUCUAUAAUAAUUUAGUUACCUCAAGAUGCCGGCUUUCGAAUGAACUUCCUUCCGCCUGCAUGCAAAAACCACACUCUGAACGAUGACUACUUAAGUAGCAUGAAUUUUUCUCAUUGAUUUUCGAUGCUCCUCAAACUCCAAUUAUAUUUCAUGUAAAACAUCAAUAAAAAUAUUCAUUCUUUUGCUCAUUCGGUAGCUACUUGCGUCUUCUUCUGAUUUUAUACUUGAAGGAGGGACAGCAUUCGGUUUUAAAAAGGUUCUAACUGUGGGACUUUUAAAUGCCGUGACAUGGCCGUUCAUAAAUCGUCAUAUCUCUGCAUUUACCAGUGUGGCUUGUAAAGUUAACAAAAUGGAUCAAAUCCACUGCUUAAUUUUAUGAAUUCUGUAUGGUCUCCUCUUAGUACCGUAAAGAAAUGUAUGGUUUUCCGUACGCGGAAAAUAUACGGCUUGUAGUUUGGAACCCCUGAAUGCAAGUGUGACGGCACAGCGGGUUCAAAAUUAUUCGGGAAUUGGAAAACUUUGAAAAUCGAAUUAUGUCCCCCAUUCGAGUAUAAAAUUGGAAGAAAACAUAAUUUUCUGGCCAAUGAGUGGAAGAAUGAAUAUUUUAUGCAUGCUUUCCAUAAAAUAUAAUUGGACUUAUAGGGGCGUCGAAAGUCAACGCGAAAAAAUCAUGCUACUUAAGUAGUCAUUUUUUACAGAGUUUAGUUUUUGCAUGCAGGCGGAUUGAAGUUCUUUCGAAAGCCGACAUCCUGAGGUAACUAAAUUAUUAUAGAAUUAUAUUGCAGGCUGACUAGUUUUGCAACCCUACUUAAUUAAUCUUUUCGAAACGAAAACGCAUUUCGGAAUUUCGGUUGACAUUUCAUGAGUUAGCCCACCUACUGUAUUUCAGGUCUACUUCAGUGGCGCGCGUGUGGGAUUAUUCGAGUGUGCCCCCCCCCCCCCCCACAAUGAGCCACGCCGCAGAAGCGCCGGAGCGAAACGAGGGUCAGUUCGGCCCACGACCCGCCCGAUCAGGCGUCGCAGAGUCCGCGCUAGCCCAUAACUAUUGCCGUGCAUGGGGGGGAGGUGGUCACACACCGCAUCAUCCGCUGCGCCCGUGCCAACACCAGUCGGUUGACAUGGUCGGGCAGUCGACUGGCGCAUGGGAGAGAUCGACACUGGGGAAUCCAUCCUCCACGGCACAUCAGUGUACUUCUCACUAAUAAUAAAUCUUACGCCUCCUGACUCUGUCAUCCCACUCUAAAAGUUGUGACUUAGAAUGUUGCUAGCUCACGGGCUAUCUCGACCCUUCUCUCAGGACUGAAAGUAAGGAGGCUGCAGUGUCUCCUUCUUAAUGUGGCCCUUAUGACGCACUCACGCAUGUGAGAUCCGAGGCGCCCUCCACAGAAAGCCGGGUACGUGCAGUGGGGCCAGGCAUGUGUGCGACGCAUAGACGGGCAGUUUAGCUUUGUCAGACCACUGAACCCACUUCUGGUCGCUCUGACACUAUACUGCCACUGGAGUUUCAAUGCAUCGAAUGUUGAGAACCGUCUUGCUUUGUUGAAAAGUGUUACAUUUCGUUGACCUUAGUGUGAAUUUGUUUAUGGCCGUGUCUGCACAAUCUCCUAUCCAGGCUAACGCGGUUGCCGUGGUGGUAGUCAAGGCGACGAGUAAACAGAUGCGUUUAAGUCAGAAUUGAUGGGAAUACCUAACCCGACAGUUCACAGAAUUCAAGACUAGAACUCUAGCUGGACAACAACUCGAGCGCCUGGUCGUCAGGCCGUGAGGCAGCGGCUUCUCGAACCGACGGAACAAGCGGUAGUACUCACCAGGCCACAUACAAGCACAGACGGUUUGUUUCGCGAACGUCUCGUCCAGAUCUGGUAUUCGUUCCCAGCUGCCAGCGCUAUUGCAUCAGCUCUGCGUUCGACACUCUACUUCACCGUACUGUUCUGGUAGAAAAAAAACCCUGUUGAGUGGCUUGCUUCGCGCCAAGUUAUUGGUUGACACAGACGAGGACAGCACUUUACGAGCUUACUCUUCGCUUUGCUUUGGAGAGGGAGGAAUCAAACAUAAUGUUGCAGUGUUCCCCUCGUACUGACCCACUGCUGCCUGCUUGUGAGUUUCUCAAUAAUAGUCGACCACAACGUCGCUCCAACCUCCUGACGCCAGGGUGGGUGCACAAGGUACACGACGCACUCACAGCCUAUGCCCCCCCUCCUCCUCGCCCCCCGAACCCAAUUACCACGACACGCCGACCACGCCAUAGCACGCCUCGUCAUGCGAGUGGCGUGGGAACGAUCGAUGUUAAUUGUCCCGAAUCAUUUAUAAGUCAUGUAAUUCGCAUAACUUAAACUUCAUUGUAACCGUUUUGGCCUGAUGAAGAGUUACUGAAAACACGUGUUCGCCAAUUUGACUUUUCAAUUGCAACAUGGGAAUAUUCGCUGAACUUAGACAAUAGUCUAAGCGUCAAGUGGGGUUAACCGCCGAGUACCGCACGAUCCAUAAUUACUUCCUCUCACUACGGCGGCUGCAAUCAGGCUACGCGGACCGGUCCUAUGCGCACAGAAGAACUUCAUACAGGUCCCACAGCUGCCAUGGCUCAAAGCCGCCAAGCCAGCCACCCGUAUGUAAUUACCUACGCCGGGACUCACCUUCUCCCUGACGCUGACUGGAAUUGUGGUGCUUCACUCUCCCCCUCCCCUCCCCAAACUCGAGCUACGGCUUAAUUAUCUACUUGCCCGUAUCUUUGACUUCAUUACUUCAAUAGCCAUAUGAAUGUACAGGCCUGGAGAGAAUUUAUCGAAAGCAGACGUAUGCUCGCCAAAUUGCCUUUUGAAUUUUACAAUGGGAAUUUUCGCAACCCUAUGGUCGUUUUGUUGCUCAUCGUCUGGUUGCAUAAAUUUUCAACCUGCUACCAGCAUUGGAGCUUCCUACGGUGGCCUGCAGAGCAUUAUUUAUAUUUGUUUAUCCGCUCACCUGAUUACUAUCCAUGACCGCGUUAAAAAAAUUCCAGUCUGUGCGCGCGCUCGUCUAUGCGCGCACUCACGCCCGCGACCCGUCGGUGUGCGUGAGUGCGUGCGUGCGUCCGUGAUCCAGUGCGUGUGUGGUGGUCGGUGUGCUGGCCAGUUAGCGGAAAGUUUUUGGCCCUAAGGGCCGCCAGCACAAUGCGGGAAGCCCCCGGAGACCUUGAACUUGUACUGUGAACUAGCGAAAAAUUCCUUUUUGAUGGUUAUUGUUUAGGUGGACUUCGUUGAUCGGGUGAAUUAAAAACUUUCCACUCCGCAGGCUUAUGAGCAACGCUGUAUUCGCAUCGAGAGUUUGUUGCCGCAAACAUGUCUGUUUACGCGGCAUUGUCGAACACGGAAUUCAGUUCCAGUUCUUUCGGUAGACUGACCUCUGUUGCCAAUACUCACUAUCAGCCUUCCUCCCCGUCCUCCUACUGCUUCGUACCCCUGGAACGUAUUGCUCUGCUUUCACCGUCCUGGCAUCCGAGCACAAUUUGCGCAAUCUCUUGCUUGGCAGCUGAAGCCACAAUGUUUCCAAGCCCGGGGUACGAAAUGCAACGCAUGAUAGCAUCCAUAGUGAUGUCGGCGAUAGUGAAGAUGGAUAACUUCGGCGGUUUUCCCCGCUCACUUGAGAGAGGAAACAGCCGUUCGAGCGGGUGGAGGAGGGGAAUCCAAACCUCCAGCCGUUGAUACCUCAUUCACGACGGGUUUCCGUCUUCUGAUUCCUAAGUGUAGCUUGUUCAUCGUUUUUGGUAGUAGGCACCUGUGUCACAAUAUUUUCGUCGUCCAUAUGUGCUUGUCUUGUUGCGGAAUCGAACGCUCAGAGCGCCCUGGACCGUGGUGAUGUUUGUGUCAACCCUAAACUGGGACGAGAGACGGAGGUUCAUGUCCCGUCAGUCACCGCGCCCUAUCUCAUCCACAAUGGGCCUAACCAAUUCUGGCCUCUGUCUCUUGAUAAGGAGAAAGAUGAGAGCGAGACCGGUUCCGCACGACGUGUCUACUCCGUAGUGAGUCAGGUCUGGUACAUUUUGUCGCGUAGACGGGCAGUUUAGCUAUGUCAGCCACUCGUCAACAGUUGGUUGGCGGGCUCAAACAGUCAACUGGUUCAUGGGAGAUGGACGAGAGAGAGAUCAGUACUGGGGAAUGCGUACCUACUGCCUUUCUCACUAUAAUAGAUCGGACGCGCCCGAAUCUAUCGUGCCGCGCUAAAAGUCAUGGCUUACAAGGUUGCCAGUUGACGGUUGUGUUGACAUUGUCUUGUCAUCGGAGCGAGGUGGGCGAGUGAAGAGCGAUAGAGAGAGAGAGAGAUUCCGGUCGAUGGUGCGCAGGCCUGAUUCGCUACAAACAAAUUCAGGCACAAGUGCUGCGCCCACCCCGUGAUGCACGCGGUGGACGUUAUUGCAUCCGACACUCGAAUUAGUGUACUGAGUCAGACCUGGUUUGGCCAUCAUGGCGCCGUAAAUGCCUCGGCUUGCAGGCUUGCCAACUGACUGAACAACUCAGUUUGUGACACUUUACAGUGCCGCCUCCGUGUGUCGUUUCAGCAAUGUGAUGUCCUAGUGAAUGAAGUGAAUCAUGUGUAUGCGCGUGUGUGGUGAGGAGCCAGCACAUGUGACAUGUGUAGACAGGGCGCGAAUACCUAGUUAGUCAUCACUGUAAAAACGUUUUCAGCAAGCAAAUUUGUUACUGGCAAAAUUUUAGUAAGGUGUGCGUUUGACAUUUAUAUUACAUGUACCGUUUUCAAUAGGGUCAUCAAGGGCAUUGCCUAUUACCCUAAAAUCCACUAUACACUAUCAUGCCUGUACUCUUCGCCGGCCGUUCUGUCCGUAUCCUGUCAUAUGAAAAAGGACGGGUAUAGAGCGAGAGAGGGAGAUGUGGCGUUUCACUAUAAAUGAACUCACGUGCAAGUUACCCGUAUAGAGGAGUGCCGGUUCCCGUUGAGGUCUAGAGGCAAACAAGGUAGAAGAGAUGGGCGACAGUGAUGGCAGCUUCCUAGAGCACCAGAACUUCUUUCUCUCACCCCUCCGCCUCUUUUAGCAUUCCAUCGACUACUUUAGAACUGUCUCCGUGCGCUACUCAUCAAGUGUAUAAUUAAUGAGCACUCCCUCAUCAUCUUUUUCUAUUCCAGCGCCUACGCCCUAGUGAAGCCGCUUUUCAUCUUCGCCAUCUUCACCAGCUAUAUGCUACAGUUUUUUGUUCCUGCCUCCAUUUUCUCCCGCCUGAUGAUGAAGCUUCGAUGUCAUAGGGAAGCAACGCCCCGACGACAAUCAAUCAAUCGUCGUGUGAUGCGCGUUUGUUUGGUCCUUUUCACCUGUGAGUUGUCCAUCUCACCUUAUUUUUCCUGUCUGCCUUGGCUGCCAGCAUCAGAGGGUUCACGUAGAUCAAAAGCGACCCUUUUUGCUCGAGUCCAAUCAACAACAAAUGUAGACUAGAUGUUGUGGGGCAUACAUGUGUAUUGUUUUAUGUCAGGACUUUUUUUGCGUUUGUCCACGCAAGUCGCAACGUAAGUUGCCACUCUUCCGACACCAUCUUGUGCUUAUACCUGCGCAAUGUAAGGAACUUUGCUCCGGUCUUCUUGGUUCUCUCUUGACACCAGGCCCAGGUAGGAGGGAAAGAGAGUGUGCGGUGGAUGCUGCGCAAGUCCACUAUUACGUUUGACAUUGGAGUUAUCUGCCCGCUCACGGCAGACGGUAAAGCUCUCCGUCUAAUCUCCAGCUUCUGCUGUCUUGAGUCGAACUUUCUGUCAAAAUAACGGAGUAAUGACCAAAUAGAUUAUUGAUCCAAUCAAGUGCAUAAGGGCUUUGUCCGACUUCUUAAAAGUCUCAGCGCCCGCUGUGAAAUUAGUCUGGGGACCAAAUUGUGAGUGUACGAGACACCUUGAGACAUAGCCCAUGCUUUCCUAAGAUAUACGUUACCUGGAUGUUUUCGACCGAUGCUGUUAACUCUAAAUUCACUGAAUUCGCCUCUGACCGAGUCCCCAACUAAUGGCGGCCGUCGUUAAGGAAAAUAACUCCGUCAACUGCGCCUGCCUACUGCACCGGUCUGAUGGCGAAAUUGCGCGACUGGGCAUCUCAGACCCCGAGCGCCAGUGACAUCAUGGUCGCCGAUCAAAGAUAUACUGGUGAGAUUGGUUAGAACUGAGCUCGAACGCCUUUUAUCCUUGCGAUCUUUGGUCUACCAGGUGUGCCGGCUGGCACAACUCAGCCCGAGAAUCUGUCACCGACCAACUCCGCUAGAGAACUAUUAUUUGCCAUACAGUAGACGCUUAACGUAGAGCGCCCAAUUCAGUCAUGACGAGUGCUGUCCUAUGUUACAAAAAUUCACAAAUCGCUUCUCGUUAGCCCACUGCGUUAGCAAUCCGCGUUCAGGACGGUGGACAGACUGUCCGCGUUUUUAAUCAGCGUCGACAAUCGGGAACAGGACAAAACUGUUUACACAUAGAAUGUGGUUUCGCUCGAAUUUAAACUGUCAGCUCGUUGUAGCACGCGUAGAUUGCCGCAGUACGUCCAAUCGGCCAGUGCGCCCAACUCCCAUCGUGUCUUCGUGGCCUAGCCUUGUCGCUGAAGACUGAUCAAAAACUGAAAAGAAAAGAAACCCAGGCUUUUGUAACACCUUUCAGUGGUUUGCAGGUCCAGGAAGUUCGGAAACUAGUCCUUCUUCGUGCUGAAGAGAAAUUUAGUGGGUGUAAAGUGGCGCCUUUUUCGAUGAUGCACGCCCUACUUUUCGCCUGUCUCAUGAACUGAAGCGCAGUCGUUGAGUCAGCUACUCACUGGAUAAAAACUGUGGGCCUUUUGUACUCUCGUACUGCGAAUGAAUUUUAUGCAGACCAUCUGUUUAGGAAGAUCUUGGACCUCGUAAGUCGCGGUUUUUGAAAGAUUCGAAAUCACUUUAAGCUGUUGGUUGACCGUGGCAACUAGACUACCCUCGUAAUUCCCCUCUGCCUAAUUGCAACGGCUCCCAAAGACCCGAUGCACAUUUAUUUGUACGUACCUCGCUACCUUUUUAAAUUGAGUAGCUAGUAAUGAAAAUUCGACUGUCAGGUAUCAUGUCGAAAACAGAGACGUUCACCGGAAGGGAUCUAUUUUUGUUCUGAUUCUCCGAGGGGUUGUAGAUUACAAGAAGGACUAUGUUUGUACAAUUUGUCAAAUACUGCAGUUUCUGCUUUUUAGCAGAUCUCUGUAAUAUGAUAAUCACUCAUUUGACCUACUUAUGAAGAACUUGGAGGCAUCGGUGAGAUUCGAACCCACGACAGGAAGGGUAGGGCUUGAGCACAUCCAACGCUCUAUCCUGAUUACACUCACGGCUCCCUGUCGGGACCCCUCAGCUCAGGUGGUUAGAACGUUGGCUGUACAUAAACUUUAUCCAUGUUAUUGGUUCGAAUCCAAUCAGGGCCACGGACCACAAUUCAACUCCGCCUGGACACAUUAAUAUGGUAAUAAACUGAUAAACACAAGCGCAUCGCCUUGCAAAACGAGUUUUGAUAUAUUUUCUUAGUGUGAGAAGGAAAUUUCCUGCUCGUUAUAGCCGUUCCUUUUUCUAGAAUCUGCUCAUACGUUUGGUCGAAUUAACCAGUAAGCAAAAGCACACAGUCUCAUAUGGCUUUCGUCUAGACUUUGUUUCAUCACUAAACCGGGUAUUGUGUAGCCGGGCAGAGUCGAACUGCUCACUUCCAGAAUCCGUGUUGAAUGUUCUGCCGUUGAGGUAAUGUCGGAACACUUAGCUGUGCCAGUUAGCGACACUCCCUUUCCUCGUGAAUCGUAGCGAUGGCCUCAUUUAGUUUGAGCCAAGCCUUCUGGUGGGCUGCGAAGCAACCCUCGUGAACACAGGAGCUGGCUAAUUACACGAAUGAAGCAUGUUAUGCUCUGUACUUAAAAUAAGUUGCACUUAUUCUCCUUUUGCCUAUUCUUGAGAAUGCAUUUUGUACUCCUUGGAGUCACGGCUGUAAGAGUUCAUGUUGCCUCUGGGGUUUUUACGACUUCUUAUACGGACUCGAAUAGACUUUUCGGUUCUGUCGCCGCCCGUUGUACGGUGAUGCGUCGCGGCGCAGUCCCGUUCAUUUGAAGUACCUUUUUGGGCCUAUAUUUGUAUUCAGUCUCUAGCCGCAUUUGGAAGAAUUAAGCGCGUCCACGAUAGUCCAACUUUUGCGAAGAACGACAUCUACCACGAGCUGGACCCAGCCAUGGUUUGUGCGUGGAUUUGUUCAUAACUAGACGGACUUGCGUAGCGCCUACUUCACUCCUCCCACACCACUCGCCGUCGUCCGACGACAGGACGAAGUAAGAACAACCGAGGCUGGGCGUGUGCACACAGUGACUGGAGCGCCACGUAGUCCGUCUACACGUGCCACACAUUAUCUGGAGUCUAGGGCACGUGCACUGGGCCGUUUUCAACUAGGGUUUGUAUCUAACUUAUGCUAAAGUCCUGCAAAGGUUACACGAGUGAGAGUGCCGUAAGAACAACUUUAAGUACAGUGAGUGACCGAUCUCAUGAAACGUUGGCCAAAAUUCUGAAAUGCGUUUAAUUAAUUAGGUGGGGUUGUAAUACUAAUUAUCCCGCGGCAUAAUCCUAUGAUAUUUCGAACUCGAUAGGAUGUCGGCUUUGAAAUGCACUUCUUUUCAAUGUCCUGUAGAAACCGUACUCGACAAAAAAAUAACCACUUAAGUGGCAUGCAUUUUUCACAUUGAUGUUCGAUGGUCUUAUAAAUUCAAAUAUAUUUUAUUGAAAACAUGAACAAAAAUAUUCUUUCUUUCACUCGUUUCAUAGAGAAUCGCGUCAUCUUCACAUUUUAUACUCGAAGAAGGUGUAUAAUUAGGUUUUUAAAAAGUUUCCAAUUAUGAGAUUUUUCAAGAUCAUGCAAUGUCCAUUCAUACAGCAUCAUACCUGUCCAUUUACCACUGCUCCUCAUGAAAGGUACGUCAUAGUCCGCAUCCAUUGCACAAUUUCAUAGACUCAAUAUGACAUCCUUUUAAAGGCAUAAAAGGAUAUAUGAUUUUCCUUACGCGGAACGCAUGCACCCUGUAGAAUGAAAUCACUAGGCGCUAAUGCAACGGCUGAUCAGGCCCCAAAUUAUUCGGGAAUUCGAAAACUUUUCUAAAACCUAAUUAUACUCCAUCUUCGAGUAUCAAAUGUGAAGAUGACGCGAUUCUCUAUGAAACGAGUGAAAGAAAGAAGAUUUUUGUUCAUGUUUUCAAUAAUAUAUAUUUGAAUUUAUAAGACCAUCGAAAAUCAAUGUGAAAAAUGCAUGCCACUUAAGUGGUUAUUUUUUUUGCCGAUUGCGGUUUCUACAGGAUAUUGAAAAGAAGUGCAUUUAAAAUCCGACAUCCUGCCGAGUCUGAAAUAUCAUAGGAUUAUGCCGCGGGAUAAUCAAUAUUACAACCCCACCUAAGUAAUCCUUCCUAAAUGAAAAUGCAUUUCAGAAUUUUGGCCAACAUUUCAUGAGAUGGGUCACUCACAGUAGUAAUUGCAGCCUAACACUCAAUCCUGAGAGAGGCAGAAUUGCCCCAUCAUUUGGUAGCCUUCCGAGCCACAACUCUUAACACGUCAGGUUUUCUGCCGUGAGGAAUGCGCCGAUCUGCCAUGAGGGCAGACUCCAGAGUGUCAACUUUGCGAAGAACGGCACCUACCACUAGCUGGAUCCAGCCAUGAUUUGUACGUGGAUGACGCAGGAACUUGGAGUGUCUCGCGGGCACUUUAGAGAUGACUCAGAAUGCCUGGUUGACGCUGGUGGCCGCUGUCAACCAAGUGAGCCGCAGUUGCGUUAGAGAUGGACUUUUCCCCACCUUGAUUUAGCCAGGCAGGAGUUCGCAAGUCAAGUGUUGACAGGGUUAGACAAAGUGGCUGGCACAGCGUCGAUGCCACUGUCUACACAUGCCACGAACUUGCUGGCUUUCUACUCUACAGUGCCAAUGUUCAUUCAAUUAUACACUUCCCGUAUAAGUGAGAUGCACACUUUCUCGCAUAUUCCGCUUCGUUCGUCACAAAACAGCCGGCGAAUUACAUCACAUAGCUGUUGCGUAGGUCAUGUGAUGAAACGCCGAUUGCUUCUGCGUAUGCAUGUGACCGGCAGGCACCGAGAGUGGUUUGAUGGCAGCUGGGGGCUAUUCUACUUUAUCGCGAGUCUUCGUGAAUAUGCUUGCGACCGAAUAGGCCGUUGCCGUAUUUAAAUGCCCUUGGACGGUAUGAUCAAGGAAGGCUUGCGUACCGGUUGCAUGUCGGUGCUCCAGACGCUGGUUCUCCGGUCGCAUCACGAGGAAUUCACAAGUGACCAACCAGACCGAUGUGUGCGGUUGCAGUGCGGGCAGACAGAAACUGUGUUUGCAUCGAGAAAGAUGAUUAUGGUAUUUUAAUAAGUGAACAUUGGAUUGGACGCGUUGACAUUGAACUGAGUCCGAAGAUGUCUAACAGUGUCAAUCAGUACUUUGAAUAAUCGUUGACAAUGCGGAUGCGGUUGCAGGGUUUGGAGGCUUGCCUCGUCGGUCCGCGAGACUCGAGUCUUCUCGGUCUCCCGCCUUCCCUUGGCCUCUGCUACUAGCUUAACUUUGAAAUGUUCAGCACACUUUUUGCAACUGUGCGCCAUGUUAGUCUAGCUUGGAGGUGGUCUUCCCAGGUCUCAGGAUUGAUUUGUAGAGGAUUGAGGAAGGUCUUCAGGGUAUCUUUGUAACCACGUUUUUGCCUGCCACGUCUGCGAGCACUUGUAGCAUCGUUGACGCAUAAUAUUCGCUUGGGUGGACGCUCUGUAUCCAUCCUUUUGCGUGAUCGUUCCUUCGUAGUUGUAUCUGAUUUACCAAGGACUGAGGUUCUUUUCAGAACAUCGGUGUUUGUGGUCCUUUCCUAUCUCUUCAGCCACAGUAUUCUCCGGAGACAGCUGAGGUGAAAGCGACUCACCAGGCAAUUGAGUAUCACGCAAGCCAAUCUCGCGCCAGCCAUGGUGAGAAGUGGGAUUCUGCGGCUGUUGUCGUUGUUGUUGUUGUUGUUGCAGAUUUUCUGGUUCCCUUUUCGUUUGUACAGAUGAAUAAUAGUCGCGUCUUGUUGGAUUUACCCUUGGCACCGUUUCUCCUGGUACAGUAAAGUAAGCCUCUCCACGAGUAAGGAACCGCCAUAUUCAUAACUUUUUUCGCCCAGCAUAUCCUCCGCUGCCUUGACUGUCCUCUGUGGGUGAGGCGGACGAUUGGGAUCAGUACUGGUAUCCCCCUGAGGAAGUCUAUUAAUGGCUCCGUUGUGUAGCUUGUAGGGCACCAUUUGAGUUCUCUGUCCGGUGCUUCUGGAGCUGCGAAUUCCUCGGCAGUAAGGUUGUGCUACCUCAGCUGUACGGUGAUCCAGUCCUCUUAAUCUGAGAGUCAUGCACAACUUUGAUAACCACGAAGGCGUUUUUCAUUUUAGCGUGAUCUGUGUAUCCUUGGACUUCUCCGACUUUGCGAGCUAACAUUAACUUUGCAUCUUCAAGCUAUGUCGUAGUAGGCCCUGGUGUCGGAAGAAUAACGCUCUAUUGGCAUCGAAAUUGUUGCUAGCACAAGUCGUUUAUAGUCUUUUUCUCUCUGAACAGGCGCCGUAUAUUGCUCCAUAGUUGUGACCGGCCCACUAUUGGUACUACAGUUUUUGCGUCAGAGGACUUCUGCAUCAGUGACGUAGGCAGUGUGUCAUAUUUUCUUCCAUGUGGUAUCCACAUCAACGUCCUCACUCACUUCUAGGACUUACUUACUGGUACUUGAUACGGCCGCGAUCAUGCCUGAUCUAGCCGGCCUCGAUGAUGUCCCAAACUGUACCUCUCCACGCGUGACGAUCCGUGGCAGCAGCUCUGGACAGCUCAAUCCAUUCUCUUCGCCAACGACGUAGACCGACUACUGAAGGUCCAAGAACCACCUCCAUGUCUUGACGAACUGUGUCGAGCCUGGUUUUGAACUGACCCCCUCUUCGACGCCUCCAAUAGGGUAACGGUGCCGGAUCGAGGGCAGUAACACCGAGCUCCUGAGGUGGACGACGAAGAACAUGCCCGAACCCCCUCAGUCGUCUUUCUUGGAUGGCCUGAGUUAUCCUCGCGAUGUUGUCGCAGCGAGCGCGGACUGUCUCAUUUGAGACGAAGUCGGUUAACUUCACACGAAGGAUGGUCCUCAAGCAGUGGUGGUCAAAUACCUCCAGUUUUCGCUCAUCCGCCACGCGCAAAGCCCAGCAUUCGCAACCGUAGAGAAGGACAGACCGGACAGAUGCACGAUACACGCGAAUCUUAUUGGCGAUGGAGAGGUCACGUCGGUUCCAUAGUCAUUUCCGAAGGCUUGAGAAAACCCAGCGACAGCAUCGAUUCGGGAGACAAUGUCCUCCUUACUCUGUAUCUAGGACUUGCAUUUGUCCCAGAUUUUAUUUUCGUGUGGUUUCUACAGUAGCGUUAACAUUCGGUCGCACCUUGCGGAGUUGCACUUGCGGCCUCAUCGUGGACACGAUAAGGCAGUAGUCCGUCCACACCUUCCGUCUGCACCACACAUCGCACUGGUCACUAGCACGCCAGGCUGAUCACGCGUCGGGACGAAGAAGUAGCCAGUAAUUACCAUUGAUGUGUGCCAGGGCGGAUUCGCACAGUCUUCUCUGUUUUCGGAAGCGGAUGCUGAGGAGAGGGCCAUGUUUUGUGAAUGCCUUCAACGGAAGGAGGCUGUUGCAGCUGCCAACUACACGAUGCUCCGCCUACGCGGAGUCGAAGCCAAUGAAUUUGUCCGUCCUUGCCACAGUCACAAAGAGUGUAUGCAUAUCUUCGUAUAAUCUGCUUUUCAUUCAGUCGAAGUAGAUUACUGGCCUGUGUUAUUGUUCUUUUGUGUAAUUUUCGGCCGCUCUUUUUUUCAUUCACCAGCCACAAUCACCUUGCUGACGGUGGUAGAGCACCCUUUACAGCCCUUUCACCACGGAAUCUCAAGCAAGUUCAGUUCAGUUUUAUUGAGGGAACUGGGCAACGAUCGGGAGAAGGCCCCCAAACACGCACGAGCAGCCAAAGGUGCCUGUAUUACGGGGAAUGUGAUAAUAGGGAUUUUAUGGGCGGGGCCUAUAUACGCAUAGAGGAAUGGCAAAAUAAGUAUAGAUAGUUGGUAAAUUUGUUUUUCGGUCGGAAAAGUUUUAAUGCAUGGACAUGUAGCAACCGAAAUUAAGGAGGACAAUUAAAAAAUAAACAUUAAGUGUCUACAACGAUCGCUUCUCAACUAUCUGAGGUGAGUUCAUUGUAGAUAAUGUACCAGACCGUCUACAACAGACGACCCAACCUUGUACGAUGAAACACCAAACCGAAAUAAUCGUGUCGGACCUAACUCCACUUCAAUAAGUAGGUAUUCUUUGUAUGACAAUGAUUGUUGGGGGCCUUAACCCAAUUCUUACCGGGAAAUGUAGGUCUUCACCUUUGUUUGCCUGAAUAGGACUUCUGGGUCAUCCUAGGCGGCUGCCGAGCUCCUCUGUGGGCAACAAUUUUGUUACAGUGUGGAAAGACGAGCCGACUUAUCCUGGGCCACUUUUGGGGUUGCAUGUUGUCCGCUCUAUAUGGCUUUUUGCUAGGGGAUGGAGAGGGCAGGGACUGCCAGGACUACCGCCGGACAGUUUCAUCUGACUUGGCUCUCCGGUCAGUGAGUUGCGACCAACAGAUCACAGAUCCUUUUCUCACUGGUCGAUCAUGGAACCUCGAAAAUACCGUUCUGGAUUCACAUCUCAGGCUGAGUUAUAACGAUAGAAAAGCGACAGUGACUAUUAUAGCCUUUUGUUGACAAAUCUUUGUCAGAAAUCAAGCCUGCAUCCCUGUGUCAAUUUCCAAGUCAAAAAGGAGUAUAAAUUUAUUCGUUCCUACCCCCCAUCAAACUUACAAGCAUGGCUGACUCGUAGGUUAACCCAGGCUACCUUUAGACUCCAAGCGCACCUAAGUGACCCUUUUUCAACUGUUGCGGCCUUAUCUCUCAUCUGAAAUCCCUAACGGCGUUCUGUUUUAAUGUCGGCUUACAGACAUCAUCGCAAUGGCCGUUCCACAUCUUGAUCUCAUGGUUUCUCUGUUGGGUGCUGUGAGCAGCUCCAUGCUCGCACUCAUAAUUCCGCCCCUGCUUGAGAUGGUGCACCUGUGGCCGGAUCGCGACACUAUACCUCGUUUCUGGCUGACCGUCGUUCUCAAGCACACUGUCCUCACAUUGAUUGGUAUCUUUUCUUUGUUCAGUGGCACCCUGGCCACCAUAAUCCAGAUCUCCAGAACCUUGGCGCCAUCUGAUUAA